AUAAUAACUGCGUUAACCUUUGAUUUAAUACAAUCUUCAAUAUUUGUAUGAUUAACACCCGAACCAAUUAUAAUAGGUAUCCCUAUAUUUGAAUGGUUAAUAUCGUUAACAUCUUUCAAGUCAGCCAAAUGUCCAGUUCUUAAUCCGGUUAUAAUCACAGCAUCUGAUAAGAAAAAUUGUGCCGCUUUUGCCAUUUCAACGACAUUCACGUCAUCGGUAAUAGUAUGGGAGCAGUGCUUCUUCUUGAUAUCUGUUAAUAUCAAUACAUUGUUUGCAUUCAAUUGCUUUCUAUNAGAUAUGGGCUUAAAAGUUGGCCAAACUUUUGGUAUUUGUGGUGAUAAUAGCUAUGAAUAUAUGGUUUGUUUUAUUUCAGGCAUAUUUAUUGGCGGUAUAGCUGUGCCCAUGAGAGGAAUCGAUACAAUUGAGCGGAAUAAGUCGAGCGGCACUACAGGUCUACCAAAAGGUUGUUUGUUUUCACAUUCCAAUUUGGUUUCACUUUUGAUUAUCGGUUCACUGCCUCAGGUCUACAAUAGAAAUAGCGAUGAUAUAGUGUCCGGUCAUUCCUAUUCGGCUCAUAUAUCAGGAGUUAAUCAACUCCUGAUGUCAAUCAAUAAUGGCUCUCAACUUGUAUUACACCCUAAAUUCAAUUUGAGUACAUUUUAUGAAGCAAUCGAAAGACAUAAAAUAACCGCACUCUCGGCUCCGGCAUCUGUUUUCAUGUCAUUACUGAAAAGCGGCACUCAUUUUGAUAUCAGUUCACUAAAGAAAGUGAUUUGUGGCGGCGCUCCACUGCCCAGAGGGUGUACCCAACAAAUUGUUGCCAAAUACCCUCAUUUUGAAGACUUUCGACAAGCGUAUGGGCAUUUACUUCCAGCUAAUUGUAUGGGAGAGAUAUGUGUGACCGGACCCACACUUUUCAAAGGUUAUCACAAUAAUAUUGAGGCGACAAAUGAGACCAUAGACUGCGAUAAUUUUUUACAUACCGGAGAUCUGGGAUAUUAUGACCAAAACGAUAACCUCUUUAUUUUGGACAGAAUUAAAUUAUUGCUCAAAACGGAUGGAAUGCAAGUCUCGCCCACAGAAUUAGAAACCAUUUUUCUGACUCAUAUCGCUGUACAAGAAGUGGCACACGAAUUACACCACUUAAGAGGAUUAGAGGAGGAAUUCAUGUCAUUGAAGACAUUCCCAAAAAUAAAAACGGAAAAACAGAUCGAAAUAAAUUGAUGCAUAUUUUAAUGUCUUAUUAAACUCUAUUUAUCAGUAUAGACAAUUUGUAUCUAUGUCAAUCUUAUAUUAAAAUGUACAUAAAAUUACAAAUAUUAAA